AUGGGCAAUGUACCAACAAAAGAAGCCAGAAGCAGGUCAAACUCAGCAGUCUCUGACUUUCAUAAUGGCGGGGGGUCUAGCUCCAACACUUUUACCACCGGCUCUUCAUCAUCAUCAAGUGGUCGCCAUGCAAGGCAACAUCGCAAGGGAAGCAGCGCGAAUGGGGCUGUCCAUAUCCACCAAAGGUCAACCUCGUCUGACUUGAGAAAACUCAAACGUCAAGAAGAAAAAGAUCAGAAACAGUAUCAUCAUUAUGGUCAGUUAAUUGUCAAAUAUGAUGAAAAUGUCGAUGGGGGAUAUUUGGCACCACAUGGAACUUAUAAAUCCAAUCUUGAUUUCGAUACUGAUAUAGUUCGGUCAUUGAUUGUUAAUCGUGAAUUAUCGCCCUUUUUCACACCGUUGCAAGAUUUCGACGAAAGCUGGACCGACAACGAAUUAUGUAUCUUGUUAUCGCAACUACCUUUACAUGCAUUGGAGGAACCAACUGAGUUGAAUGGGUACGACGAAGAAGAAGAUGCCGAUAGUCACAAGAUCCACAAGAGUGCUAAUUAUUACAGACGACAGGAAGAGAAGGCCAAGUUAAAACUGUUGAUUAUGCAAAUGAAGGAGAUUCAAAAGGAUGAAGAACAAAAAUAUAUCGAUUCCAAGGGCAAAUCAAAAGAUAUCCCCAGUAGGGAUUUAUUAUUGAGAUUGUAUCGUAAUCCCAGUGAGUGUCCCAUUUGUUUCUUGUAUUACCCCAGACAUUUAAAUGUUUCGCGUUGUUGUUUGCAGCCAAUAUGUACUGAAUGCUUUGUUCAAAUUAAACGUUUGGAACCCCAUCCACCACAUGAUGAUCCAUCGAAUCAUCAAGCUGGAGAACAGCCACACUCACUUAUAUCCGAGCCUGCCAGCUGUCCCUAUUGUGCUAUGCCUGAGUUUGGAGUUACUUAUGAUGCUCCGUUGGAUAUACAUACUGGAGUUGGAGGAAUACUACCGGGAGACUAUAAAGCAACGAGUGCUAUAUUGGAAGAUGAAGAAGGUGGUGUUACAAAUGACAAUGAUGAAGCUAUUGCCGAUGAAGAUGAUUCUGCAAGUAGCCCAUCGCCCGUGAGGAAUCGCAAGAGUAUUGGUUCUCCUACACCUACAUCUCCACCACCACCCAAUUCGAUGCAAAGUAAAUUAUGGCCACAAAAAAAGAAAAACAAGCAACGUAGCAGAAGAAGUUCAGUGGCAGCAAAUGCUCCUGGUGUAACCACGAUUGAUAUGAUUAGACCCAAUUGGGAGCAAACUUUAAAUAGUGCCCGAAACAAAUUAGCCAGAAGAGCUGCUACUGCAACUGCAAUACAUGCCAGUAAUCUAAUAAUUGAAGGUGACAAUGAAGGAUCGGAGAAUCACAGAGGUAGCAAUCAUUCUAGAAUAAGGUCCAGUACUGUGGGAUCAUCAAGUUAUGAUGCUACUGAUUAUUCAUUAGUUGAGCAACAGAUGAUAAAUGAAGCCAUGAGAUUGUCAUUGUUGGACGAAGAAGAGAGGAAACGAAAGGCUGAGCGGGGCUAA